AUCUCAUCUAGGAGCUCCACAUCCACAUCUGAUGCCAUCCUGAUGCACCACAGGAAUAUGUUCUGUCCACUCCAAGGUGCCAGCAGGGCAUUGUGCCUGAAGAGGAGGGGGCACACUAACCUGAGGGGAACACAAAGGUCAUACUGAGUGACGCAAAAAUCUAAAAUCUAAAAUGAAAACAAAAAACAGUUUAACGCACUUGACACACUGGCGGACAUAGGAUGCACGCUCUAAUUGAAAGCUGCUUAACUUCUGAAAGGAAUUAUAUCCGUACUGCAAGUGUCACCUUAAAGAUAAUGAAAUGUGACUCUUCUGCAGCUGAAUUAUACAUGUUCAGCAUCCAUUGACCUAGUAGUCAGCAGUCCUGAGUCUAGAAGAUUACCGGACACUUCUACGGGAAAAAGCCCAUUUAUCAGUCAUGUGGACUAAAGUUGAGCCAUCUUCUAAAUUCACAGAAUGUGCUGAAUGUGAUUAGUUAACUGUGAAAAGCUAUUGUUUUUGGAGGAGAAUUCUACUUUAGUAACACUGAAUAUUAAGAAAAGACUUAACUCUACUAAUUGGAACUGGAUAGUAAUAAAAAUAAAGCAAUUCUCUUUGAGCAAACAUUACAGGCUGAGCAUACCGAGAAGUUCAAAAGUUCAGUCCUAUGUGGAACUGGUGCAGUCCUGACACACCUCUCAGCUCUCAGAAUCAAGAUCAGCAGUCUGUGAAAGGCGCAGUGUUGAAACAAACUGUAUCUGGUGAAAUGCCAGCAAAACAGCAGUGACACAACAAAAUAAACAGAAAAAGCACCAAGGUUAUGUGACUGCAGUCUCAAGGAACGACGAAUAUGGAUUCCUCCUUCUCGGUCAUUCAAUACCCCAGUGAUCUGAAUGUAAACGAUGGAAAUACAGGCACCUCUGCAAAGAGGACAUGUGAGUACACUGGGGCCUCUGGAAAUGGGUUGGAGGCAAGUGAAAGCUCCGGAAAGCAUAUACAUGACAGUGACAUGAAAGGCAGUUUACCCCACACUAAUGGUGGCUACAGUCCUCAGUCUGACUCUGUUGUGCAGCCGAUGCUUAAUCUGGAGAUUUCGAGACAAGUAACGAAUAAUGAUACUGAGGACAUAUCUGUUUCUGAACCAAUGAGUGAAGGAAGCAUAGCCUUGGGGGGAAGUCAGUGGGAUAUGAACAGUGUAUCAGAAUUUGAAGAGGAUACUGAGGAAAGAAGUUUAUCUGAAUCUGUCUCAAUCAGUGAAUACCUACAAGCUCAUGCAAAACAGCCCAAUGCAGAAUUUGGUAUCGAUGAAGCUAAAUUGGAUGGAUCUGGAGGUAAUCUGAAGAGGAAAAUUUUACCUGGUAACACUGAACCCUUGGGUGAACCAGACCUGGUGAUUGAAGUCACUGGGGGUCAAAGGAUUAAAGCACAUAAGUCUAUUUUAGCCGAGAAGAGUGAUUAUUUUCGGGCCCGAUCAUCAAGAGACAUUCUUAAAAUUAAGGGGGUAAGUUACCAGACUUUACAGUUGCUGGUGGAUUAUAUUUACAACUCAAAACUGGAAGUGAAGCAGGAAAAUGUGGUAGAGGUAAUAAGUGGGGCAAAGUUCCUACAGAUCCCGUGUGCCGUCCAGUGUGCCAUGGAUAGCAUGAGGUCCCAGAUAUCACUUAAGAACUGCUAUCAGGUACUCUAUAUUGCGAAAAAGCAAAGACUGAAUGAGCUUAAGGAAGCGGCUUACAAAUUUAUGAGUGAUCAUUUCCUGCAGGUUCUCAGAGAUCCAAAUGUUUAUGGCAGACUGACGGGUGCAGAGAGAGACUUAAUCUUACAACGUAGAAUGGAUGGAAAACAAUUUUUGGUGGUGGCAGAAAUUAAUGAUGCUUUUGAACGAAUGAACAGUAGUAGUAGACCACAAAGUCGAGAGAGCAGUAGACCCCAGAGUCCUUCAUCUAUUGUGUCCUUUGAAGAUGAUGCAACUACUUAUCAGGUACAUUGCUUCACUGAAUCUGCUAGGAGAUGGCGGUCUUUGACAAAGAUUCCAGAGGAGGCAAAUACUAAAGGUUGUGGAGUAUGUGUUCUACAUAACUAUUUGUUCAUUGCUGGGGGCAUUAAAGGAAGUGGCGAAAAAGCAAAACUGUCUGACCAUGUAUUCUGUUACAACCCUUUGACUGACACCUGGGAUAAGGUUCGGCCACUCUCCCAGCCACGUUCACAAUUAAAACUAAUAGCUCUUGAUGGUUAUCUAUAUGCUAUUGGUGGAGAAUGCCUCUUCACAGUGGAAAAAUAUGAUCCCCGUCUAGACCGUUGGAGCUCAGUAGCUUCAUUACCUAAGGGGGCAUUUGCAGUGGCCCAUGAAGCCACAACAUGUAAUGGUGAGAUAUAUGUAUCUGGAGGGACUCUUUUUUACCGUCUACUCAAAUAUGAUCCUAAACGUAAUGAAUGGCAAGAAUGCCCUUACAACAAUAGCCGUCGGCGCUCUGCAGGUAUGGUAUCCCACAAAGGCUGUAUUUACCGAUUUGAUGUCAGUCGUGAGCAUGGCCUUAGCGUUUUUACCUACAAUUCAAUGGCCAGGCACUGGAGUGAGGGAGUCAACCUAAGUCCUGGUCCAGGGCCACCACCUCCUAGUCUGCCAUUUCGCUGCACAGUCAUGGGAAGCAACAUCUAUUGUUUGAACAAGGCUGUAACACUCAGAGUGCCACUGCCACCAGAAGGAACUGGAGGAGAGAUGAGUAGCUGUGAGCUUGAGCUCUUUAUCUCGCCGGAAGAAGCGAAAGGGGUCCUAUUUCCAUUUGUUCUCUCUUUACCAGAGAAUAAGUCAUAACAGUCAGACCAAGGUUAUACUGCAUAUGUGUUUAACAUUUUUGGCACGUUUUUUAAAUGUCCAUUUCUUUUGAUUACGAAAUACAUGAAUGCAGGGUUCACAAUAUUUCCACAAAUGCAUGAUACAUAUGUGGAUAUACAUAUUAUAUGCAUUUAUUUCUUGGAAAUGCCGUUGUAAACUAAAACUAUCCUACAGCCCUUUACCAAGGAGAGUAUUGCAUGCACAGUCAAUGUUUAUGUGUUUACAGUAUAAUGAACAAGGUGAUGGGGAAUCUGAUAUGAUUUAGAUAAUCGAGGUUAAAUGAGAUAAAUGAAACUGCAUCUACGAAAAGCUGCUAAAAUUUUCAGAUGAGUCUUAACAUAAAGUGUUAUACAUGUCAAGUUUUACAAAAAUUAUCCAUAUUCUCUUGUGAUAAUAUCAUUACUGACAAUAAAGAGUGUAGGGAAGAAGCAAUGGUGUAGCCAAUAAUAACCAGUUAAAAAAUUGCCUCUAUUUUUCAUGACUAUGAUGGUUGCCCUAGACCAGGUAUAGGCAACCUUUGGCACUGCAGAUGUUUUGGACUACAUCUCCCAUGAUGCUUUGUCAGCAUUUUGGUGGAGAUGUAGUCCAAAACAUCUGCAGUGCCAAAGGUUGCCUAUGCCUGCCCUAGACAAUGUCACUGCUCUUAUAUACACUAAAUAUUAGUUGCAUAAUGUGAUGACACUCUGUGUCUUAAAAACUACUGCAAAUAGAGUGUACACCUAUGGUAUCCAGGCAAUGAUGCCCCUUUUAUUAUCUAUAUAACCCACACCUUCCAUUCAUCAUCUAUGUUAUCUUUAUUGAUACCUUGGGUACCAGGGUUAAAGUGCGACCUCUGCCACUGCACCUCUUUUAACCAGGGCCAAUUCUAAUUUGAAUUAUAUAUAGGUUAAACUGGCUAUACAGAUUACUUAAGUGUUGACCAAAGUGUUACCCUCCUGUCUUAACCCCGAUGACAGAUGUUGGGAAGAGAGGGAGCAGGCAUGUUGGAUUUCAUCUGCCUAUACGUUUGAUCUUCAGGAGCUAAGCCACCACCAUAGCAGUUUUCUGCCCAUUGGGAAGACAUGCAGCCAAGCCAAGCCUGCACGUAGAUAUAGAGAUGGGGAAGCACCACUGUUUCCUUUUUGCACUUUUUUUUAACUAUUACUCACAGUACAUGUUACUAUCAGAUCCUCUGAAUAAAAAGCAUGCUUCUUUUAAAAUACCUAUGAUGCUGAAUGGAUCAUUGUGGUGCAUUGUCUUCUAAUGUAAUUUAAUGCCUUUACAAUCUUUUUACGUCAUGCUUUUGGCCUAUGUCAAAUGUUUUCCUACCAACUGUACAGGUAUCUAUUGUGCACACCUUUUAGUAUUCAUAUCGCAAGUUUAUAUCUUGAUAAUACAUUUUAAUAUCAUGUAUUGAAAACAAUAAGUGGUUACUAUGUUUUUUUUCUAAAACACAGAAAAUGUAUACAAUAAAGUAUAUAUUUUUAUACUGUAAUUGACAUCCAUAGCAGAUGGCUCCAGGGAUAGAUGGAUAUGUUAGUUUAUGUUUCUAUAGUAUGGGGAAGACAAUUUCUGUUGCCCAUAGCAGCCAAUCACAGCACAAGAAUGUGAGAUGAAAACCGUGCUGUGAUUGGUUGUUAUGGGCAACAGAAAGUCUUUCUUUUACAUAACUUCAUAAAUCUCUGCUUAUAUGCUUUCUCCAGAUGGUGGUGGUGGUGGUGGUGGUGAGGAUUUAUCAAGCUAUCUUUUAGUAGAAUUCUAUUUGUUGUCCAUAGCAACCAAUCACGGCUCAGCUUUCAUUUUACAAGUGCAACAUUAGAAAUGAAAGCUGAGCUGUGAUUGGUUGCUAUGGGCAACAAACAGAAUCCGUAGCUUGUGACUAUGUUCACACACACACACACACACA